GACGUUAAGUAAUCCUCACAACUCCUCUUCGACAUCAUUUACUAAAUAUAAAAAAACUAGAAGAAAAUGAGAAGUGUUGUUCUUGGAGAAUUGGAGAAGGUGUUCCGCUGCUUCGACGAAGACGGCGACGGGGAGAUAUCUCCGGCAGAGCUUCGUUCCUGCAUGAGAGUAAUCGGCCAUGAGAUGACUUGGGAGGAAGCUGAAGCUUUGGUCCAGUCUGUGGACUCGGAUGGUGAUGGGCUACUGGCAAUGGAGGAGUUCAUCAAGUUGGUAGAAGCUGAGGGAGGAGAUGAGGAGGAGGAGCUGAGACAAGCCUUCGCGAUGUAUGAGAUGGACGGCCAAGGAUGCAUCACUCCUAAGAGCCUGAAGCGGAUGCUGAGCAGGCUUGGCGCGUCGAGAGAUCUCAAUACAUGUGAGGUUAUGAUUCAGAGGUUCGAUAUUAAUGGUGAUGGAGUGCUUUGUUUUGAAGAGUUUAAGGCCAUGAUGGCGAAUUGACAGGAUCUUGUUACAUAGGAUUUGUGUGACAUGUAUGUAAAUUUUUCAUUGUUUUAUUUAAUUUUUUUAUUUCUUUUAUUUAUGAUUAAAAAUCCAUGCGGUCAUGUGGCUGUGCUAUAAAUUUGUA